AUGUGCGCUUAUCACAAUCCCGGGUAUCCUCCAAACUACCCAGAAACUUCGUAUUAUGCCAACUUCCAGCCUAGUAGUCAGGAAUAUGUUCCUGCUGCACCACGUACAAAUGGUAAUACUGGGAUGUCUUUUAUUCAAAACCAAUUUAUUCCUGACUUAGCUGUCCGUUAUGGGUCAGCUAUGUUAGAUGAAGGUGCAAACUUUGUUCACAAGAAUGUUGACCAAUACGUUAAUCGAUUUCGCAUAAAAUACUACUUUUCUGUCAAUAAUUCAUACGUUGCCAAAAAAGUCGGGCUGAUCUUGUUCCCGUUUGCUCAUACAAAAUGGGGUGUAAAUUAUGAUCCUGCUGGACCUGUUCCUCCAGGUGAUGAUAUCAAUGCUCCUGAUUUGUAUAUUCCUUUGAUGGCUACUAUCACAUACAUACUUCUGAGUGGUGUUAUAUUUGGAUUUCAAGGUCGUUUUUCACCAGAGUACCUUGGGAUUUUAUCUAGUGAAGCUUUUGGCUGGUUAUUGCUUGAAGUUUUAUUAUCUCUUUUUGCAAUCUAUAUCCUCAAUAUUCAGAACAAUAUUUCUUAUUUAGAUAUAGUUGCCUAUUGUGGUUAUAAAUUUGUCAGCAUGAUAGUUGUGUUGAUUAGUUACAUUGGUUUGGAUCGACCAGGCUAUUAUUUUAGUUUACUGUAUACUAGUUUAGCAUUGGCAUUUUUCCUCAUAAGAAGCCUCAAACUCAAAAUUCUUCCACAUGUUGAAGCGUAUCCAUCUGAGUGUAAUAAACGCCGAUUAUAUUUACUACUUCUGAUUGCAUUCAUUCAACCAUUAUUGAUGUGGUGGUUGACACGUCGUGUUAUCCUGUAG